UUAUUCAUAAAAACAGGCUAUUUAUUUCUUACAACACUUGAAUACAACAAAAUGUCUAAUAUGAUCCUCUUUUUAUGAAAUAAUUCAUUAUUUUUUCCUAAUUUUGUUAACGUUACCAUAUUAUUUCAAACAGCUGUACCUUGACAAGUGACGUUUAAUUUUUAGGUUAUAUACUAAAGAAUUCAUCACAUCGGACAUUGGAAAGACCCAUAGAAAAAGAUGUUUCUCACAAGAACUUUACUAAAAAAAGUCAAAGCCAAGGACAUCAUGGUACGCAUGGAAAGCCUGGUAUCCGGACACACUUUCAACAAAAUAAGACCCAGACUCGCCGAUAAACUUGAAGUGAUCAGAUUCGACCCUAGGAUUCAAAAAGAGUGUGUAUAUCGAGAAAAGAAGAAGGUUAGAAGUAUGUAGCGUAUACAUCCAAUUAGUCUGUAGGAUUAGGAACAUUUGUUAAGAUUGUGUAAAUAGAGAGUAAUAAAUGAGUAUUUUAAGAGUCAAA